GUUUUCGGUUUCAGGAGUCCCUUGUCGCCGCCACCCGGACUUUGCUCGAGGAGUUCCUGGGCUGAAGGACAGCAUAUUGGCAAAACAGCACCCGUUGCAUGCCGGAGUCGCUCGGCGCGCCGGGGCUGCGCAAGAGGACAACAGGGCCAGGACCGGCUCGAUCUCGAGGAGGUGGUCGCAGAAGCCGACAGGGUGCUGGAGGACAACGGCACGGCGAAAGAGACCAAAGCCGUCUUGCGAAAAGCGCAGAAGAUAUAUCCAGGGAAGUGGACCCUUUCAGGGCUGAAAGAACGAGUUGCAACAAAAACUGCGCGAGUUUGUGGAGGAGGACCUGCUCCUGGCGCGGCAGCAGCUGAAGCCUGCGCUCGCGCAGCAAGAAGCUGCCCAGGAGCAGAAAGUCAAAGCCGUCGCCAGAUUGGAGAAGGCGGAGGAAUCAGGCACCAAGGAGGAGGUGGAGAAGGCGGAGAGGAAGGUACAGGAGGCGGAGAGGAAGGUGGAGAAGGCGGAAAGGAAGGUGGAGAGGGCGAAGAAGGAGGUCAAGGAGGCGAAGGCAAGCGGCCGGACGAAGGAGUCCGAGGCAGAUGGGCAGCAGGCUGCCAUCGAGGCCAUCUUAUCAACGAGCUGGACGGUGUGUCAGCCAGCGGCGAUGAAGCCUACGUUGAUAGGGCGCGAGGAGGCCAAGCGAGAACUCCUAGGCUAUAUUUGUGGCGUCAGAAACGUUACCAAUUCAACCUUCUGGGAGAUUGCGCCGCCCCUGGGAAAGUCCAGCGUGAUGGUGACCGCUGGAGUCAAGGGCAUAGGCAAGACCCGCCUCCUGCACGAGAUGUGCACUACUUGGCUCAGCGAAACUGCGGCAAGGGCGGCGCUGCGAGUGGAUUUCAAUGGGAGCACAUGGCAUGGGCGCAAAGACCCAACACAAGCCUUCUCACAAGUCCUACUUCGGUACGCCGGCAUGCGGCCGGAUGACGCUGCAUGGUGUUCAGAAGCUCUUCCAUGGGAGAAGGUGAUGUGGGCUUUGCGGCGCAAGCUGGGACUGGCAGACGACGCGCUUCUGUUGGUGGGUGUGGAUGAGCUCAUCGAGCUGGAGAAGAAGUACGGUUCCAAUUCAACCAGCCUUUUCCUCUCUACAAUCAUGCAAGCGCAAGAUGAAUCCCUCCUUUCGGGACAUCGUCCAGUAGUUUUUAUCUGGACGGCGCUCGUCGAAAGCUACUUCAAGAAGCGAUCAAGCGAUUCCGGCCGCAAAGUUAGGCUGAUCUCCUUGACUGGUUUGCCUCCGGAGGCCUUGAACUUGGUGCCUCAGAAAAUUCGCAGAGCCUUUGAGGCUACGGCGGGCAGAAAACAGCUGUUGCGACAGAUACUCGGACAUCCUCGCUUGAUGUUUGACGCUUUACAGGACGCCUUCUCUACAUGUGGACUGCCCGAAACCACCUCUGCCUUGGUCCAAUUUCGCAAGACAAUGAUAAGCAUUGCGAAGCUUGAUCAUCCUGAAGCCUUGAAAAGUGACGAGGUGAGACUCUGGUUCUCACCCAGCGCGACUCUUCCGCCUGGAAUGCAUGACGACCUCGCCUCCCGAGGCUUAGUCCAUGCCGCGCGGUUUGGCGACAAACGCAAAUCAGUGUUGCACCCGCUCGUUUUGCAAAGCUGGGCUGACCGCCACCGUGAGCCCUUGGCAAACCAGAUCAAGAAGAUGUUUGAAGAGGAUUCUGUCCUGGAGACCACGCAUGAGAAGAAGUUCGAGGCCGUCAUGCUUCACUUCGAUGCUGCGGUGCGUUUGGCACUGGAGAAGGAAAGCUGCACGCUGGAGCAGCUCUUCCCAGGGGCGAACUUGAAGCCAGAGAGCCUGCGAGCAGUGCGUGUCAUGCCGGGGUUGCAGUACUCUGGCGACUCGGUGGUGGAGCUCGAUUCCUUUGACGACGUUGACGAGGUGAUGAGCUCCUUAGAGUACGGCAGCAUCGUGGUGUCCCAGAAGCGCACUGAGAAAGGGAUUGAGUAUUUGGUGCCAUGGACAGUUCCACGCAAAGAUCACCGACAGCUGCUUCGAAGAAGCUUGCAGCCGACAGGGCCUGGGGACAAGGACCCAAACGCCCAUCUAUUGAUUCUUGGCGUGCAAACCAAGUAUGUACAGGAGUUCGUGGGCAAGUGGCCCUCGGUGGAAGACAAGGCACAAAAAGCAUUGGCUGGCCUCCGAGCCGAUCCAAGGGUGCUCCAAGCCUUACCCAUUUUCUACACCACUGAGAUCAAAAAGGAGGGCCGGUCCCUUGACAAUCCCAACGUCUAUUUCAGCAAGGCAGGCCUCGCGGAGCUCCUCUUGGAGCGGGCCGGGCCCCUUCGACUGUUCUUCGAGAAGCUUGGCAGGCCUUUGCAAAACAAGCUUGCGGACUUUGGGUGAAACCUGAAGCUGCAAGCAAAGGCACAGACAGGGCUCCGCGUUGC